CUAUUGCGCCUAGAUAUUACAUCUGCCAUGCGUCGAGCUGCCUCGCGCGCUGUUUCCGCUUCUGCUUCCGAGCUGUCGCGUCGUAAGUUCGUUCUGACGCGUAACUCCGUUCCGACGCGUGAGUCGCGAAAUGCGAUACCCCCAGGCGACUUCUCGGCACCUAACCAGCAAAUCCUCUCGAAUCGCACUCUCGGAGACGCGCGGCUUGACACGUUCCAGGAAGCUUCGUGCCUUGCGCCAAAGGCGGCGAGUUUCGCGCCGGCUGAUACGGUCGCUUCGUCCGUGACGACCGGGCUUAGAAAGCCCUUGUUAGUCGCUCCGUUCGCGGCGCGUCCGGUCGCUCCUUCCUCGACGGGUGAACGGAAGGAGAAGUCCUCAGUCGCGCCUUUGCUAGCGGCGGGGGAAACGAACAAUUAUUGCGAGUCACUCCUUUCGCAACGAGUGAAAGAAGAGAGGCGACCGCAGCCGUUCCUUUCGCAGCGCGAACCUACGUGUCAGGCUCGGGCAGAUCCGCAGCUCCGGCAGCGCAGCCAGGUUCGACAGCGAGCGCACCCGCAGGCUCGCCACUAGCCUCGGCAGCAAGCUCCGCCCGAAGCUCGGGUCCAGGCUCGGAACAGGCUGGGAAAGCCAGACCAGGAGGUUUGACCAAGCGGGGAUGGAGCCUUAAUUUGCGAGCAAGUUAAGGAGAGCGCGGCAGGUGGCGCAGCUGACUGUGCUGAGAGGUUAUUCCAGAGGCGAGCGCGAUUUGGUGAUCAGCGGACUCAAGAAGCAAGAGAUGAUUACCAUGGCGCUUGUUGCUUAUGCGGCUGACGUCAACUCUGCAGACGAGCACAUAGAGCGGAUGAUGGGCGGCGCUUGGUUCUCAAACAAUGCUACGGCAAGGCCUGGUGGCCGUGGUGGUUCUGGGUCUGCUGCCGCUGCCGGCGCUGCUGCUGGUGCUGCUGGCUCUGCGGCUACUGGUGUGGCAUCUGAAGCCCCGGCGCGCAACAGCCCGUGCCCGUGUGGCUCCGGGAGGCGGUAUAAGAGGUGUUGUGGAGCUGCCAAGUGAAGUGCUGUACUUGGAAUGACCGCAGAGCUCUUAUUUUACCUUAGUAAAAAUUAUGAUAGUGCAUUUCUCAUGAUCAACCAAAGCAAUUAUGACAAAACAAGGUUUGGUCCAUUUGCACGAUCUGGAAACAGGCUCGUAAGA